CAUUGUUAAUGGCCAGGAAUUAUGUGCUUUGUCAUUGUAUGUGUCAGUGUGUGCUUAUGGGGAUCCUUCAGUGACUCCACUGAUGAAAUGUUGCAUUUUUUGUGGCAAUGAUUGAGCUGAAAGUCUGUAAAGGUAAACUAAUGGUGAUGUUGUGGGGGGGGGGGACGCAGAGAGAUAUCACCUCUCUCGUCGUGCUUCGGUCUAUUGAUGGGAGGAGCAUCAUAACAUUACACCGCCUGUAGGACGCAGAGCUGCGGCUCGGAACCGGGCUGAGAAACGUAAACCAGUCGGUACCGGUCCAGGGUGGAGAUGUAACAUCCCGGAUGUGGGGAAGCGGCGUCUUGUAGUUCUACGUCGGGUAUCAGAAGCCGUCAUACAUAUACAUGCGUAGCCUACGUAUUUAAAUGUGAUGUAGCGGAUACGCGCUGGCUGGACAGGCGGUGGAGAGAGGUCGCUGACGGACUGUGCGUAAUGCUGAGUGGACAGCAGUAUUUCUAGCUGUAUAUUCCUGCCUAGACGGGCUAUCGACACAGAUUGGCACUUCUCCUGCAGUGCAGCUCGUCAUCAUAACCAGAUGCUCUCCGCCGGACCGGACCCGUUCAGUUUCAUGCCGUCCAACCCGACCGGAGCCUGAGCCGAAGGAUGCAGGUUAAAAGCCAGAUCUGCACCGAGCGGAGCAGCACCGACGACCCGGAGCAGGAUGACAACCAGAAGAAGACCUCGUGUUUUUCCAACAUCAAGAUUUUUCUGGUGUCGGAAUGUGCGCUCAUGUUGGCACAGGGCACCGUGGGCGCUUAUCUGGUAAGUGUUCUGACCACUCUGGAGAGACGCUUCAACCUCCAAAGUGCCGAUGUGGGCGUCAUUGCCAGCAGCUUUGAAAUCGGCAACCUGGCCCUCAUCCUGUUCGUCAGCUACUUUGGCGCCAAGGCCCACCGGCCCCGCCUGAUUGGCUGCGGUGGGAUCGUCAUGGCGUUGGGGGCUUUGCUGUCAGCCCUGCCUGAGUUCCUGACUCAUCAGUACGAGUAUGAGGCCGGGGACUCGUGGCAUGCUGAGGAUGGCAGGGAUGUCUGCUCCAACAUCACCAGGUCAGAAAACCGAGACUCUGGGUUUAAAUGUGGCAACCGAGCCAACACCAACAUGAUGUACCUUCUGCUGAUCGGAGCCCAGGUUCUGCUGGGCAUCGGAGCCACACCUGUCCAGCCUCUGGGAGUGUCCUACAUUGACGACCAUGUCCAUAGGAAGGACUCCUCACUGUAUAUAGGUAUUUUAUUUUCAACAUUAGUGUUCGGGCCAGCCUGUGGCUUCAUCUUAGGUUCUGUCUGUACCAAAGUUUAUGUUGAUGCUGUCUUCAUCGACACCAGUAAGCUGGACAUCACCCCAGAUGACCCUCGCUGGAUCGGGGCCUGGUGGGGCGGCUUCCUCCUCUGCGGUGCCUUACUCUUCCUGUCGGCCCUCUUCAUGUUCGGCUUCCCCCAGGCGCUGGACGAGCAGGAUAUGGACGGUGGAGGGGAGAGUGAGCAGGCAAUGCUGCCUUCUUCCCUGACCUUGGAGUACCAGGGCUCCAAACCCAACGGGGCCAUUCAUGGCUUUGAUAUGAACAGUGGACUCUCAGUGUGUGAACAUCUGAGAGUAAUCCCCAGGGUAACCAGGCACCUACUCUCUAAUCCGGUGUUCAGCUGCAUCACGCUGGCAGCCUGUAUGGAGAUUGCUGUGGUUGCUGGCUUUGCCGCCUUCCUGGGCAAAUACUUGGAGCAGCAGUUCAACCUUACCACUUCCUCAGCCAAUCAGCUGCUAGGUAUGACAGCCAUCCCCUGUGCCUGUCUGGGAAUCUUCCUUGGGGGGCUGCUGGUUAAGAAGUUAAAUCUGUCAGCUCUAGGCGCUGUCCGCAUGGCCAUGCUGGUCAACUUGGUGUCCACUGCGUGCUACGUCUCUUUUCUCUUCUUGGGCUGUGACACCGGGCCUGUCGCUGGGGUUACAGUCGCCUACAGCAAUGAGACAUUGCAUUCCUGGCAGCGACCUGAGUCUCCGUGCAUCAAUAACUGUAACUGCUACACAGCAUCAGUGAGCCCUGUCUGUGGUUCCAAUGGAGUCACCUACCUCUCAGCCUGCUUUGCGGGCUGCACCAAACCAAACCUGACCAGCUGUACCUGUAUAUCCAGCACCAGUGAAGAUGCGGUGGCUUUACCAGGGAAGUGUCCUAGUCCAGGUUGUCAGCAGGCCUUCCUCACCUUCCUAUGUGUUAUCUGUGUGUGCAGCAUGAUCGGAGCAAUGGCCCAGACACCCUCCGUCAUCAUCCUCAUCAGAACUGUAAGUCCAGAGCUUAAAUCUUACGCCCUUGGAGUUCUUUUCCUGCUCCUGAGACUGAUCGGCUUCAUCCCUCCCCCUCUGAUCUUCGGUAUGGGCAUCGACUCCACCUGCCUGUUCUGGAGCUCCGUCUGCGGCGAGAAGGGAGCCUGCAUGCUGUAUGACAACGUGGCUUACAGGCAUCUGUAUGUCAGCAUCGCCAUCGUCCUCAAGUCAUCAGCUUUCGUCCUUUACACCACCACAUGGCAGUGUUUGAGAAAGAACUACAGGAAAUACAUUAAGAACAGCGAGGGUUACCUCACACCCACUGAACUCUUUGCCUCUAAUGUGACUCUGGACAAUUUGGGCAAGGAGAUCACCCAGAACCCAGUCAACAGGACAAAGUUCAUAUACAACCUGGAGGACCACGAGAUGUGUGACAACAUGGAGUCAGUUUUAUAGUGGCGGUCUGCACUGGGACUGCAGACUGGAGCUGAGGCUCUUAAUGUGCAACUGACCUGAUGUGCGAUGUUUCUUUGGUGUCCUAUCGAUUCAGAAGAUUGUCCUCAGUAAGGGUCUUAUCUUCCUCUCACCCAAAACAUGAUAGAUAUUAAAAAAAAUUGAAGAGAUCUUUUCCAAAAUGCUCUAUAUCCACAUUGCACUAAAUGUUUUAUUUUUAUUUUUUACUAAAAUAUAGAUGAUCUGGUCCAUUUUGUCAGACAAAAUUAUAACCCAACUUUUUUCUGUAGUUUUGGGUGUUUCUUCCUUUAUUUGACAGCAGAUUACGGAUUGACAGCGAACAUGAGGAAGGACAAAGGUCCCCCGCUAAACUUUUAACAAGACACGUCACAGUUAUGUGUUAUGUUGCAGUCCAGUAAUCCAUCAGUAUGCCUCUGAAACAGCUCUAGGUCAUCAAAAGCUUUGGUAAAAUUUUGGUCGUAUUAGGUUUAUAUUUACUGUAAGACCAAAGCUAAUGUGAAAAGCAGAAAUCUGAAAUUUAGUUUAUGCAUUAGCUUUAUCAGUUUAUUUUCCUUCUGAAGGAAGCUUUUCUCAGGUCCAGUUGACAGAUAGAGAUGAUGACAGUUUACAUGGUUGUAAAUUAUUAGAUUAUGCAUUAUUAUAGAUUAUGGUUGGAGCACUUUUACAGACGUAAAGAACGUACAGCUGUAGUGCAACUGGGGCCUUUCCUCAUUAGAGGAGAGUCAUUAUUAUCACUAAUAGUUGACCCUAUUGUAGACUUAUCAACAGACUUAUGUGUUCCCUUAUUCCACCUUGUUUGUAUUUCAGUUUUUGUUCAAGACUUGAUUUUUAACUCUGUGCACAAAAACUACAGUUUUCUUUAACUCUAAUCGUAGUGACUCAGACUAGUGGUGGAAAAAUUGAUAAGUGGCUAGUUUCCUAAAUAAAUCCUAAAUAGGUUUGUUCAUUUAAUAUCUUGUAAGGCUUACCCAGAAAUUAGAUUAAAAACAAUAGUUUAGGUCUGAAACUAAUGAUUAUUUUUAUUAUUGAUUAUCUGCAGAUUAUUUUCUUGAUUCAUCAGUUAAUUGUUUUAUCAGUAAAAUGUCAGAGAAUAGUGAAAAUUGUCCUUCACAAUUUCCCAGAGCAAAACGUGACAUAUUCAUAUAACUUGUUUUGUAUGUCCAAAACCCAAAAAAUACUCUUAUUAUUAUUAUAUAAGACAAUGAAAAGCAUAAAAUCUUCACAUUUUAGAAUCUGGAACUAGCAUUUAUCAGUUGUCAAAUUAGAUGCCAAUUACACUAACUGGUUAAUUGACGAAAUGUUACAUCAGUAUAAAAUUCAACAGUGACUUUUUGAUUUUUGAUUUUGUGCCACUAGUUAUUUAGUAAGAGAAGAUUAAUUUUUUUCUGGAAGGGUGGAUAUCCCAUUUUGGAACUAAACUCUUCAGUUUGAGUUGAUGUGAAAGAUGUUGCACAUUCAGAUUUCAGACUAAUAAGAAACAGAGUCUUUCAGUGUAAUUGGCCCCUUCUUGUCCUAGAGAUGUCUGUUCAAGGUAGAGGAGUGAUGAGCCAACAUGUAAUAAUUUUCCCUUUAAUGUGUCAUUGUGUGGAGUUUUGUUAUGAAUGCCGGACGAGAGUCUGAGACCAAUUUUCUGUUUCAGAGCCACAGAACAGUUUUUUUCAGACCUUUUUGUUGAUAUUCAAUAUUUUUCUCUAAGAUUUAUAGAAAUUAGAUAAAUUAUUAGCAACUAUCAACAGCAAAAUAUUUUAAAAAGUCCUCUCUUUAGCUGAUGAUCUGACCCAAAGCAACUAUAACUGAGGAAGUUCAGUGUCUUACAUGAGUGUCUCUCUAACUCCUGAUUUGACUGUACCACCAUUAUAAUUCUGCCAGGAACACUCAUGUCAAUGGCAAAUGGAGAUGGAAAUAGACUUUGACUUGGUGGUGUAAUUCUACUCUUGGGGAUGCCCCCUGCAGCAGUAAUGCAUGGAAUACACAGCAACAUGAUAAAUAACAAGCAGGGAGCACUGCAAAUAAGACUCUACAGUGUACUUGUAUGAACAGUAGUAAUGCCAAAGCAGGUUGGAGGCUGUGGGGGAGGAGGCCUUCACCAAUAGCAUCAGUAACGGCAGCAAAGCUCACAUCACACAUACAGCCUGAGGGUGUGAAGGCAUUUAGUCGGCGAAGGUAUUUAAGUAGAACGCCAAGUCAAUGCAGUGAGACGUGAUGAUUGUGGUGGGCUAGCUGUCAGCAGACACAGCAUAGCAUGACGCACAGUGUCCAGCCAGAAUUAGUUCAUUUAAAAGCAUGCUGGUAAUGCAUGCAAUUAUAAAAGAAAUAUUCAGUAUGUCACUAGGUUGCACAGACUCUGUGGUUUGGUGGCCAUGAUAGUGGUUAAAUACACAUUUAACUCAAAUGGCCUCCAAAUUCUAUUUUUGACCAUGGAAAAGCUUUAUAAUGCAUACUGCAUUGUGAUGUUGACAAUUUUUUAAAAUACUCAGCCGACUCAUAAUCACUCACACUGCAGUGAUUGUCUAAAUACGGAUUUAAUUUAUUUUAUUUUUUUUGUCAAAGGAAUUCGAUAGGAUUCUGAUUUCUGGCAUAUCCAGUUUAUAUAGAGUAUAUUGUUUUUCCUGGCUUACUUUGUAAGUAUUUAAUAUGUUUUGCAUCAAAAAUAUGGACAUUUGUCCAGCUACUCACCAUCUCAAUAGAUUUCAUCUCCAAAUUUUUUAUCCCUUUGAGGUUUGGGAGUGGGGAUUAAAGGAGUAGUUUGACAUUUUGGGAAAUACACGUAUUCACUGCCUUGCUGAGACUUAAUCGAAAAGAUUGAUACCACUCACAUGUCUGUCCGUAAAUAUUUAGCUGGAGCUAGGAGGCAUUCAGCGAUGGAAUGAGUCUUGUCGUCAUGGUGAGGUUAACAGUCAACCAACUGAGACUCCAGAAAGUUACUGCGAUCAGCCAAGAAAUAGCCUGAUUUAUAAUGCCAUCGUAAAAACACAAUUUGUCGCUUUACACUUUGGUUUUUGUACAGAUUAAACAAGUUAAAUAUAAUGUGUUGAUUUGUGAGCUUUACAAGUGUUGGUAGUCAGGUUUCAUUACCUUCAGGCAGAGCCAGGUUAACUGUCUCCCCCUUUUUCCAGUCUUAAUGCUAAACUGAGCGAACCAUCUCCUGGCUCCAGGCACAUAUUUACAGGACUGAUGCGAGAGUGGUAUUGAUUUUCUCAUCUAACUCAGCAAGAAAGUGAAUAAACAUGUUUUCCAAAAUAUCAAACUAUUUUAUUUUAGUUAGCUAAAGCCACCUACUAUCCUUCCAGUUCCAUGAUUUUGUUCAUGUUUCAAAUUCAUGUUUUAUGAGUCAUUUUAAAUAGUAGAUGCUAUUUUGGGUCCACACUACUUGAUGUAUUUAGUUAAGCAACUCAAUGAACCAAUAGUAUAAUUUAAAUUCUACACUGAUGCUUCUUCAGUAUUAUAAAUAAUAAAGAGAAUAUUAUAUCAAAUGGGGAGAGAAAGUUAGAGAAAGUUUGGACCUAUAUUCACUACAGAGCCAUGCCAAACCAGACCAGUCUAGACUGGUGUUUGCUUGGUUUGCAGUGAACUAAGAGUAUAAAUACUGAUUUUUAGCGAUUUAACCUUUUUUUGGGCACUGAUGAGAGAUUCAAGCUCAAAAUGUGACUGCCCCUGAUGAGAAGAUACAUUCAGAACAGCCACACCUAAAUCUGAGAUGUACAAACGAGUGAAAAGGAAACUUCCCGGUUUCUAAAAGGAGGAGGGUGAUAACUACCUUUACCAGCUGUCCACCAUCUCCUCCUGAACAACCCACAACAGGUGGCGUUGUCUUUGAUAUUUGUAACGUCCAGUGUGUCAUAGUGCUGGCUCGGUCUCCUCUGUACAUAAUAGUGCCAUACAAGUGCCAAAGUGACACCAUAGAAGUGUUGUGUAACGUCCUGCGGAGAACUUUGUCUCAACACGCUGGAGCUCAGAGCAGAUCCUCCAGCUGUAUGUAGCCUCUCUGUGAUAUCCCUCCACUUACUGUCACCAUAUCAUACAAAGUGUCCCAAAAACAUAUUGCCUAUAAAAUAUUGUAUAUUGGUCUAGAAAACAGUAUUAUUUAGGAUGUAAUAACUGUUAAUAUGUAGGACUUUUCUACUAGUGAAGGUAUUGUCUAAUUUAGAUUAAUCUCUCUUUCCAUCGGUGGCAAAGCUGAUAACUGUUUGUUGCUUUGGUCCAAAUAAAAACAAUACUUUGCUUGAAAUAAGUGGCACCAAUGUUAAGCUAUAGCCUGACAUUGUACAGUAGAUAAGGUUGACUGUAAAAAAAAAAAAAAAAUCAGCCAAACUUCACCGAUAGCAGUCCUGCACCUGUGCCUGGAUAAGCUCUACUCUGAGACUUUCUGUUGGGAGCCUACGUUGUGCCAUAUCAACCUGUGCACUGUAACAUUCAACACUCGCGAAGAAGAAGCCAACAUAUUCUAGGUCUGUCUAAUGCGCUGCCAAGUGUGACAGCGCGUGCUUGACCUUGUAUUCACCUGCGGCGACAGGACUGUUUCUUUUGGCACCUAAAUGUGCUUGAGAUGUUUUGCCUUGUGAUGAGAAAAUAACUUUUGAGCAUAAAUGUUUUUUUUUACAUCCUAUUUUUCUCAUUAUUCUCUUUUGAUGACCUUGCCUUGUUGUAACAGCAGGUUGACUUUUAUAGAGGAUCUAUAAUAAUGACAGAAGUAUUGACAUAUGAAGAGUUUACUGCCAAAAUAUUACAAUUCUGGGCAAAAAAAAACAGUCCUGAUGUUUAUCAUUCAAGAGACAUUUUACAAAUAAGUACAGUUAUCCUGUAAAUAAGUCCAUAAUUUGUUUUACCUUUUUGUUGCUAUUAAUCGUUUCUUUUGGAAAGUCACUUUUUGUAAAUGAAAGACGUUAUUUUGGAAGGAAACUCUUCAUAUGCAGAUAGAUAAUUCUUUGGUUUGAACCUUUAGGCAGCAUGUUGCCUUGGACUAAAGUGAAACCAUGUGCUAACCAUGUUAGUGAAGGUUUUAGAGUGAUGUGUUAGCUUAUGUUGUUGAUGGUAUUCAGUGUGUUGGUUUCAUGGCUCUUUGCAGGGGACCUUUCAGAAGGAAAAGGGCAUUGAAAUAAGAAAAUAUCACCUAUAUUUUCAAAGCAUCACUAAAGAUUUUUAGAUAUGCUCUAUUGCUUCUUUGGAUUUGUUUUCUUUCUUUUUUCUUUAAA